AUGCUAGAACCAAGUCCAUACCAAGAUCCAAGAACUUGGAAAAUGACUCCUGCGAUGAUUCGUGCUAGAGCUCCAUUUUUCAAGAAAAAUAUGAUGGGCCUCUUACUACUAGUCGGUGUGACCGGUACCAUAUACACAUAUACGUACAGAAUGUUGAACAAAGACACGAGUUUCGCCGAUGUUCCAAUUCCUCCUAUUGAUGAGAAGGAACUAGAACAGUUGAAGAAGGAAUACGAGCUCGAAAAGGCCAAGCGUGCUCAGAAAUAG